UUCGAAAUGAUUACAUCAUCAACGUGCGCCGUUACUCUGGCAACGUUUGUUGCGGGUUACUCCGCUUUUAGUCCUUUAGCUCGCUUUUCAACUUUGUAAACUGUCAAAUUUGAUGCCAAAAUUAAGCUCGGACACGUUAUGGGAGCUGGCCGCGGCGGAGGUCCAGAGUCGGGAAGGCGGAGGUGGGGAGGAGGACGGAGGGGAGACAGUCAGCGAGAGGAGCGUGUUUCUGAUGGGUAGCAAGGCUGGGGGAAAAACGUCCAUUCUGCUCAGAUGCCUUGACAGGGAUGAACCAUCCAAGCCAACUCUAGCACUAGAGUACACUUUUGGUCGACGAGCCCGAGGACACAACACACCCAAAGACAUCGCCCACAUAUGGGAGCUGGGAGGAGGGACGUCGCUGUCAGACCUGGUGCAGAUCCCCAUCACUCCUGCCAGCAUCAGGUCUCUCUCUGUUAUCCUCAUCCUGGACCUGUCCAAACCCAAUGCUCUGUGGGGAACCAUGGAGAAACUGCUGCAGGCAGCGCAAGCUCAGCUGGAAAAAGUGUUUUCUCAGACCCAACAAGCAAAAAAGUCCAAACCUGGAGCCAAACACCAGACGCCUGCCCCCUCAGCAGCACGUGUCUUACCUAAAGACCAUCCUGACAGAGAGCUGAUCAGCCCCUUUCCUGUUCCUCUGCUCAUCAUUGGCAGCAAGUACGACGUCUUCCAGGAGUUUGACUCUGACAAGAAGAAAGUGGUCAGUAAAACACUGCGUUUUAUCGCCCACUACUACGCAGCCUCUCUUAUUUUCACCAGCAUCAAAUCAGAGAGUUUUAUGUCAAAAACUAAGAGCUUCUUCUCACACCUGGCUUUCGGUUUGGACAAAGGGAAAACUGUGUCCAUUGAUACCAACAAGCCUCUCAUUAUUCCAGCAGGCUCAGACACCUUCAGUCAAAUAGGCUCGCCUCCCUCUGCUGAUGUGGACAUAACGUCUCUGCAUGCAAAAAACCCAAAGGACCUCUGGAAGAAAGUGUAUGAGCGUGUCUUCCCCCAGGAGAGUACCAGUGAGCAGAGGGAACUAAAGGAUCCAGCCAAAGACCCUCAGUACAGUGAACUUCAGAUUGAUGCCAUGAGAGCCCAGAAAGACCAGGAGUUGGAACAAUAUAAAAGGAAUGCAGCAAAGUCAUGGAAAGGACUGGAGUUGGAGACAUGAAACAUCAACUUUAUUGCACACAUACAACACAUACUAAUGUACAUACAGUAUACAAUUUGCAAUAUUUACUUACAUGUGUUUUAUAUUGUUUUUUUCUUUUACAACUUUGUAAUCAAUACAACUUAUAGUAAACAGAACAAAACUGUAUUUUUUUCUUUUACCAAUAAUACAGUGUGUUGUAGAAAAAUAAAGGAGUUUACACUGUU